AUAAUUGACCCAUUUAUGGUCUCCUUUCAGUUUGUUACAGAUCCUUGUGUCAGCAACCCUUGUCACCAUGGUAACUGCAGCAGCAGCAGCAGCAGCAGCAGCAGCAGCAGCAGCAGCAACGACAGCUACCUCUGCAUUUGCAAUGAUGGUUAUGAAAGUCUCAACUGUGAACAGCCACUUCCCAGUGUUCCAUCCUCUGGCUGGACAGAGUCCAUGGUACCCAGACAACUUCAGCCUGUCCCUGCCACCGAGGAGCCUGACAUAAUCCUGCCCCGCUCUCAGGCAACCAUGACAUUGCCAACCUGGCAGCCAAAAACAGGGCAGAAAGUUGUAGAAAUGAAAUGGGAUCAAGUAGAGGUGGUCCCUGAUGUUGCCUGCGGGAAUGCCAGUUCCAACAACUCUGCAGGUGGCCGCCUCGUGUCCUUUGAAGUGCCACAGAACACCUCUGUAAAAAUUCGGCAGGAUGCUACUGCUUCACUGAUCUUGUUGUGGAAGGUCACAGCCACAGGCUUUCAACAGUGCUCCCUCAUAGAUGGACGAAGCGUGACACCCCUCCAGGCUCCAGGGGGGCUUGUCCUGCUAGAGGAGAUGCUGGCCUUGGGACCAAAUCACUUCAUUGGUGAGUUAUGGAAACCUUGUCAAUCCCGCUCUGACUCAGCCCAAACUUAGUUUGGUGUUUAGAGAUGGUGCAUAGGAAUUUUGUCUAGAGAAUAUGGUGGGAAUUCUAGACAGCUACUGUUAUGCUCUCCACUUCAAGAAUGAUUUGAAUGAUAACCAGAACAUCCUUCUACACACCAUUUCCAGUGUGACUAUGUGGAAAGAGCACGGGUGCUGGAAUUCAGGAACUAUGCUCCGAGUACUGACUCAGAAGUAACAGUCUCUUCCUCCCCCAUCCAUUGCCCUCCCAUGCAUCACUUUUACUUAGUUGAACCUAUCUAUCUCUGUAAUUUUUACCUUCUCCAAACUACCAUAUAGCCAGGAAGUUGUCCUCAAAUUCCCCUGCCCUGGAGAGCAAAUGAUCUGGUUCAAAAGAGAAAUCAUCAGCCUUUCCCAGCCUUUC